AUGAAACUUGACCUGCCGAAGAUUACAGCGAGUGAGCUACAGCGCCUCCUUAGCGACGGUAAGAUCACCAGUCUUGAUCUCGUACGCCAAUACCACGACCAGAUCCUCAAACACAACGACAGACUUAAGGCCAUGAUAUCGAUAUCGCCGCUUCCACAUUUGGAGAAGAUUGCGGCUAAGCUGGAUGAUGAGAGACGUCGGGGGGUUGUGAGGGGUGGGAUGCAUGGUAUUCCGUUUGUUGUCAAGGAUGCCAUGGAUACGUCAAGCGAGUUCCAGCUCGAAUCCACGAAUGGUGGUUGGGCGUUUGUGGGCUCCCAGCCUCGAGAAACCGCCACGGUCGUUAGGAUGGCAGUGGAUGCUGGACUUAUCCUGAUGGGUAAGGCGAACCUCUCCCAAUACGGAAACUGGAAGGCGUCCGGCAUGAGCGGAGGCUGGUCUGCACGUGGAGGCCAAACGCAAUCCGCAUACGUGCGCGGCGGUGUAGUCGACGACGGCAUCUACGGCCAUUCAAACCCAUCCGGCUCAUCAACAGGCUCAGCCGUAGCCAUCAGCGCAGGCUUCGCCCCCCUCUCCAUCGGCGCUGACUUCAACGGUUCUCUCACGAAUCCAGCUACUCGUGCUGCCCUUUUUACUAUCCGCACUACGCCCGGUAUAGUUUCUGAACACAGAGGAUUCCCUUUCUCGAAAAACAGGGAUAGUGUUGGGCCUAUGGCGAAGACCACCGAUGAUCUCGUCAAGUUACUCAAUGUCAUCGUAGAUCUUUCACAUCCGGAAGUGCCCGACCAAGGUUAUAAUACCUCCUUUUCUCGCGACUGGAAAGAUAUCUCUUUCGCCACCAUAGACCCACACCACUGGCAUCUACCAGAAGCCGUUCAGAAGCCGCAACCUGGAGCACUGGACCAAAUCAUACGAGAGACACUCGCAGCCUACAAAAAGAUCGCAAGCCUCGCUAAGCGCGUCGUCGGCCCAGUCGACCUGAUCUCAGACGAGACAUUAGAUGAAAGCAUGGACGACGUCUUAACCACAAUCAAAAACGAUUUCUCAACCCUCUUCGAAGCCUACACAGGUGGCCUAAACUCACCCAAAGUCAAGACCCUCGCAGGACUAAUCAAUUUCAACAAACAACAUCGCGAGAUCGAAUUACCAGACUGUUCUCCUAAGCAAGACAAGCUUAUCCAAAGUUUGGAAGAUGCCAACUCGCUCACGGAUGCAGAGUAUGACCGUCUUGAUGUAAAGGCGACCGUGUCCGCCGCUGAUGAUGCGAUCGAUAAGAUGCUUCGCGAGCAUGGUGUCGACGUGAUAAUAGGGCCAGCAGAUAGCCGUCUACCUGAUGUUGUUGCUUUAGCUAGUAAGCUCUGUGCUUUGUCUGUCAACUAA